AUGACGGCCUCGCGGUUCCCGACGGUGGACAAGUGCUCGUCGGUGGACCGGAGUGGUGACACGGUGGUGGCAGACCUAGACGGUACGCUGCUGUGCGGCCGGAGCUCGUUCCCGUACUUCGCGCACAUGGCUUUCGAGACCGCUGGCCUACUCCGACUCCUGCUGCUCCUGCUGCUGGCUCCGCUCGCGGGGCUCCUCUACUACUUCGUGUCAGAGCCGGCCGGCAUCCAGGUGCUCAUCUUCGGGUCCAUGGCCGGCGCCAAGGUGGACGACGUCAAGGCCGUGGCGCGCGUGGUGUUGCCCAAGUUCUACUGUUCCGACCUCCACCCGGAGUCGUGGCGCGUGUUCUCGGCGUGCGCUCGCCGGUGCGUGCUCACCGCGAACCCGAGGAUCAUGGUGGAGGCCUUCCUGAAGGAGUACAUCGGCGCCGACAUCGUGCUCGGCACGGAGCUCCUGAUCUGGGGCGGCAGGGUGACUGGGCUCGUCUGCUCACCCGGCGUGCUCGUCGGCGAGAAAAAGGCUGACGCGCUCCGUCAAGCGUUCGGUGACACCAUGCCGGACAUCGGCCUCGGUGACAGGAAGACGGACUGCCCGUUCAUGCGGCUGUGCAAGGAGUGCUACGUGGUGCCCCCGACGAUGAAGAUGAAGCCCGUGCCGCCGCACGACCUGCCGAAGCAGGUCAUCUUCCACGACGGCCGGAUGGUCCACAAGCUGUCGCCCGCGCUCGCGUUGCUCACCUUGCUCUGGAUCCCUAUCGGGUUCUUGCUCUCCUUCCUCCGUUUCGCCGCGGGUGCGCUCCUGCCAAUGCGCAUGUUGUACCACGCCUUCACCGCCCUCGGCGUGCGCAUCACCGUCAGGGUUAACCCGCCACCGCCGACAGCAAGCUUCGAGACCGGCCAGAAGGGCGUGCUCUUCAUCUGCAACCACCGCACCCUCCUCGACGGCAUCUUCCUUUCCACGGCACUCGGCCGGCCGAUCACCACGGUCACCUACUCGAUGUCACGGCUAUCGGAGAUGUUGUCCCCGGUCCGCGCGGUGCGGCUGACCCGCGAACGGGCGGCGGACGCGGCGAUGAUCCGGCGCCUGCUCAAGGAGGGCGACCUGCUGAUCUGCCCCGAGGGUACGACGUGCCGGGAACCAUUCCUGCUGCGGUUCUCGGCGUUGUUCGCAGAGCUGUCGGACGAGAUCGUGCCGGUGGCGAUGGAGAACCAGAUGAGCAUGUUCCAUGGCACGACGGUGCGGGGGUGGAAGGGGCUGGACCCCUUCUUCUUCUUCAGGAACCCAAGCCCGGGCUACGUGGUCACCUUCCUCAGCAAGCUCCAACCAGAGCACACCUGCAAGGGCGGCAAGACUAGUUAUGAGGUGGCCAACUACAUACAAAGACUCAUCGCCUCCACGCUCUCGUAUCAGUGCACCAGCUUUACCAGGAAGGACAAGUACAUGGUGCUCGCCGGCAACGAUGGUUCCGUCGUGUCCAAGCCCAACGUCGACAGGAAGAAGUUGAUGGGAUUCUAG